AUGAAGAUUGUCAUCGUUGGCAUUGGAGGAGUAACCAACAGCGGCAAGACGACGUUGGCCAGCCGCCUGCAUGCAGCGCUGCCCAACUCCUGCGUGAUCCACCAGGAUGACUUCUUCAAGCCCCAGGACCAAAUACCAGUUGGGGAGGAUGGCUUCAAAAGAUGGGACGUGCUGGAGUCCCUGGACAUGAAAGCCAUGCUGAGCACUGUGAAGGCCUGGGUGCAAAAUCCCCCGAAAUUUGCCCGCUCCCACGGGGUCACAGUCCAGCCCAGCGCCUCUGACACCCACAUUUUGCUUCUGGAAGGAUUCUUGAUCUAUAGCUACAAGCCUCUGUUGGACUUUUAUACCCGCCGGUACUUCCUGACUGUCCCCUACGAGGAAUCCAAGCGGAGGAGAAGUACCCGCAAGUACCCAAUCCCCGACCCCCCAGGCCUCUUUGAUGGACAUGUGUGGCCCAUGUACCAGAAAUAUAAGCGGGAGAUGGAGGCUGACGGCGUGGAAGUGGUCCAUUUGGAUGGCAUGAAAUCCCCAGGAGAUCUCUUCCUUCAAGUCCUGGAAGAAAUUCAGAACUCCCUCCUCAACUGCUCCUAG